GGCCCGGCCUCUCUCCCGCGGGUGACGGGUAACGGUUACAAAGCAUUUUCUCCCGCCGCCGUUUUUGCUUAGUCAUUGCCUUCCAGGAAACAGCAGGUCCCGCGGGCCAGGCCCAGACUCCCGCGGCGGAGGCGGCGGUCUAGGUUACGAUCCCAGCGUCCGUGGCUGCAGCAGCCGCUCCCGCCUCCCGGCCGGGCUUCCCCGCGAACCCUCCCCUCGCUGCCGUCCCCUCCCGCGGCUCCUCUCGGGCGCGUUCGCAGACCCUCUCUCCUCCCUCCUCCCUCCCGGUGGCCCCGAUCUCCGCCCGCCCCGGCUCCGGCGGGCCCCAAAGCCGCCGCCAUGGGCACGGACAGCCGUGCCGCCGGACUCCUGCUGCGCCGGGCCAGCACCCUGCACCUGCAGACCGGCAACCUGCUCAACUGGGGCCGCCUGCGGAAGAAGUGCCCGUCCAGCCACCGCGAGGAGCUACGAGAUUGUAUCCAAAAGACCUUGAAUGAGUGGAGCUCCCAGAUCAGCCCUGAUCUAGUUCGGGAGUUGCCCGAUGUCUUGGAAUGUUCUGUAGCUCAUGCAGUAGAAAAGAUAAAUCCUGAUGAAAGAGAAGAAAUGAAAGUUUCUGCAAAACUGUUUAUUGUAGGAUCAAACUCUUCAUCAAUGAGAAGUGCAAUUGAAAUGGCCUGCUCUGCUCUGGGGAUUGCUCAGCUGGAUUCUGUGAUCAUCGCUUCACCCCCUGUUGAAGAUGGAGUUAAUCUUGCCUUGGAGCAUCUACAGCCUUACUGGGAAGAACUAGAGAACUUGGUUCAGAACAAAAAGGUUGUGGCCAUAGGGACCUCUGAUCUGGACAAAGUCCAGUUGGAGCAGCUGUAUCAGUGGGCACAGGUAAAACCUAAUAGUAACCAAGUUAAUCUUGCCUCUUGCUGUGUGAUGCCACCUGAUUUAACAGCAUUUGCUAAGGAGUUUGAUAUCCAGCUAUUAACGCACAAUGAUCCCAAAGAGCUGCUUUCUGAAUCGAGUUUCCAAGAAGCUCUUCAGGAGAGCCUCCCCGACAUCCGAGCAAAUGAGUGGGUGCCCCUGUGGGUACUUCGGUAUUCGGUCAUUGUUAAAAGCAGAGGAAUUAUCAAAUCAAAAGGCUACAUCAUACAGGCCAAAAGAAGAGAUUCUUAAUCUUUCAUUGGAGGGUGGCCUCCUGACUUUACAAUGUAGAAAAGUAAUUUUUUCCAAGUCAAAAAUCCCUAAGAUAUAAAAACCAAACCAAAACUUUAAAUUAUGUCAGUGAGGCAAAGAAUCUAAUCAUACUUUGACACAGUAUGUUUUCAAGUACUGUAUGCUUCCUUCCCUUGUCUCUAGACCAAUUCACUCAUAUAUGAAACAUUGUAUUGUUUUCAUUAAACUAUUGUUUUCUAAUAGAAAUUGUCUAUAAAGAAAAUACUUACAAUAUAGUCUUUAUUUUUAUGAUUAAUAAAAAUCAAUAAAAUUGUUGCUAGAUCUAUUUUGGCCAUAGGCAUCAGGGUAAGAUAGAUAGAUAUAUAUAGAUAGAGAGAUAAACAUAUCUCUCUAUCUAUUUUAUUUACCAAUAAAAAUUCAUUAAUUACUUCUUAAUUCUUAAUGCCACAAAGAUGUUUAAGUACUGUUGUUAAAACUAAAACACUGGAGAAUAUUCUUCCUAUCAUUGAUUGAAAUUACAUCUCAAAGUAAAGAGAGUAGCUGGACUCUGUGAUACUCUUAAGUAUGUUUUUUUCUUUUCAAUACAUGGAUGAAAAUUUCCCUUUUUUCCUGGCACUAUAGUGAUUUAGCCUUGUUCUUGUGCCAUAUUCUAUCUCACUUGUGUUUCCUACAAGAACAAACCAAUGUAACUGAAAAGAAACUGGUAGCAUGCUUUAAUCACAAGUGGCUGAGCUUUUUUGGAAAGCAACAGUCAGCUCCUGAUGAUCUUUAUACGUCUUGAGCUGUCCUGAAUAGUUUGCUCCCCAGCUCAUUUGGCUUCCUGGUCAGCUGAGUGUAUUAUGUGCCAAUCCCUUCUAAUGAUCACCACUAUUAGUGUAAAUGACUACCUAGAAGAAGUGACUAAAAGCCACAAAUGGGAUUUCUAAAAUGCCCUUAAUUCAGAGCCGAAGUUUCAUGGAGUAAUUUUUGAAGGUAUAGUCCAACAGUUCAAAAACAAGGAAUAAAAUAAUUGUAUUUUAGUAGUGGAAGGGACCCUAAAAACUAUCUAAUUACAUUUUACUCAUUUGCCAUUCAUUGGUUCUUAAGCUAAAAUUUUUUUCAUGCACAGGAGGCCAUAGCAGUUUAUUUGAAUAUGACCUAAAAAUUUGUAUUAACCAAAUAUUCUUUGGAUUGCAUUCAAUAUAUUUGACUCAGAAGCCAGAGGAAAUUACAGAACUCCUUUUGCUUCAACUUUCUCAGCUUAGCUAAAAGCAACCUCCUUAUAAAUAUACUAACAUUGAAAAUACCAUAUACAUUCUUUCUAUCCCAAGACUUUUUAUGCCAGUAGAUAACUUAUUUGAUAAUAGGAAUUGCCUUGUUGAAAUCAUCCACCUAAUUUUAUUCCUAGAGAUGUAAUUAUUAUCUAGACUUUGAGCUUGCCUAAAGCCUUAUAGCAUUUUUAUAUUAACUUUUAAUGUUGUGUGUUCUUGAAAGCAAGCAGUAGUUUUAGAAAUGUGAAACAUUUUUCUCACUUAACAUGUUUUUUAAACAAAAAGUUUACAAUAAUUGUUUAAACCUGCAAAAUGAAUUAUUCUCAAACUAUAAAGAGGUUCAAUGUUACAUUAAUUGUCAUUGACCUUGAGUAUGUAAAAAUUGAAAUGGUUGGGUUUUUUUUUUUUAGUUGCAUUGGUGAUGCUUCUGCUGAACGUACCCUAGGUGCAUCUUGCCUUCUUUUGCUUUGAGCUUUCUAAAGAAUAUAGAUUCAUUCUGUGAAAGGGGAGGAUCAUGUGUGUCAUUUUAAAAUGAGCCUUGUUCCUUUGACAAAUCCAGUAUGGCUUAUUGAAUUUUUUAAGCCUUUCUAAUUGGCUGUGCUGUUUCCAUAAUCUUUUUUUCUAAAAAUAUUAGAACAUAGUGAUUACUUUUCAAUUUUUAAAUAUUUAGGACCUGUUAGAAUGACAAAGCUCCAACAGUAGAAAUCAUAACUAUUAAAAAACUGAGUUUUUUAAAAAUUGUCAGUAUCAUACAUGAAGGAUUUGUUUCUAUGGGAGAUAUGUUCAGUGACAUGGAGUAUAAAUAAUUUACAUUACUACCUCUUUCUAAUCUACAAAAGAGGCUGGCAGAGUGGAGAUUGGAUUUUUCAAAAUAUGGCAAAGCCUUAUUAUAACAUUACUUGUAGUAUUCUAGCAUCAUGUGUGUAAUGUCUUGAACCUCAUCCAAGAAUUUUCAGUUUCCAGAAGGACCAAAGUCUCAUAACAUUGAUUCUGAAAACCGCACUAUAGUAGAGUAAGGCUGCAAUGUAAUACUGAUUAGGUAGAGAUUCCUACUCAAAAGAAAUUAAGUUAAAUCAUAAUUGGAAGUUUGUUUCAAACUGUGGCCUUCAAAAUUAAGGCAUUUAGAUGGCUAAGCAUAAGACAUAAGAAGGCAUUUUUCUCUGUUUGAACGAAUGUCUUUUUUUCUUCUUUCCUAUUAAUGACUGACAUAAAAAGGACUUUUUUCCCCUAGAAGUACUAAUCAUACAAAGACCAUUCAAUUAUGUAUAUUGAUAGCAGAUUUUCAUUUUAACAUUCCUACCUACUCAGUGUAUUCUAUAUUUGGGGGAUGUAAGCAGUCGACAUACUAAGGACAUGUCAUCAAGUAACUUCCCAGUCAAGAUGUACAUUUAGAGGUUAUUUUAAAAUAUUUAAUUGCGAAUUUAAACUCUUGUUUUAAUAGACUGAUGUGUGUUCUAUCAUCUAGAUAUCCAUUUUUGACCAUAUUUUUUCCAAAGUUAACUGUGUAAUGUAUCAAAGCUUCUUUUUCUAUCAACAGAUUUGUUAAGUUGGUAAAGGGUAGCUUGCUAGUGGUAUUUUUUAAAAAAAAAUGUAACAUGACUUUACUGAUAUUUUUAUAGUUCUUCAGAAUUACAAAUCUAUUUAAGAGGGGAUAAACGCUUUAAUUUAGAUAGUCCUGCAUUUUCUUGUUAUAUAUCUCUUUAGAGGUGUGCUAUAAAAUUAAGGUAAAAUAAAACAUUACAAUAUUUAUAAUAGUUUUUAAUUUUACCACAUGACUUUAAUUAAAAUAAAAGUGUGAAUUAAA